GUUGACUCGAGGACGCCAAGCGGCAUGCGGCUGAUCACACACAACAUGCUCAUGUGCAACAAGAAGGGGGUCGUGAAUGGCUUCCCGUUGGUGCUCAAGGCCGAAGAAACGGAAGUCGUUCCAUCCGAGUUCAGCGCCGAAUUCAUCGUCAAGAUGGCGGCCAAGUUGGACUGGGCCGCGUUCGUGGCGGGCGCGGCGGCAUUGAACGUGGACGUGCCAAGCACGCCGCUGUCGGACGCCGACAAGUCAAACGAAGUCGUGCUGAAGCAGAUUCAUCAUGCGCUGUUGGACGUGCAUGUGAAGAAAGGGGCGUUGGUGUGCCCCGAGUCUGGGCGCGAAUUCCCCAUUGUCGACGGCAUCCCAAACAUGUUAUUGCGCGAAGACGAAGUGUAACCUUACAACAUGUCUGUGAUUAUAUCAUUAA